AUGGGCAUAGACCCACUGCAGAGACGCAACACAAUUGGAGCCGACAUAGUGCCGACUGAUCGCCACGAUACGUACGACUUCAUCAAGCCUACCCAGUUCGAUUUGAACGGUCGCACGAUAGUAGUCACUGGAGCAUCAAAGGGCUGUGGCAGAGCCUUUGCUCUUGCAUAUUCCAGAGCUGGAGCAUCAAACAUUUGCAUCACUGGACGAGCUUCCCUUGAUGGCGUCGAAAAAGAGAUCCAAGAAGCGGCAAAAGCUGCUGGACGUUCUACUCCCAAAGUGCUGAAACUGAAAGUCGAGGUGACCAGUCAACAGGACGUCGAAAAGGCGGCUGAAGAGGUAAGAUCCGCCUUCGGUGGCAUCGACAUCCUCGUCAACAACGCCGGCUACAUGGAGUCCGAAGCAUCGCUGCUCGAAAUCGACCCCAAAGACUUUUGGCAAACAUGGCACGUCAACAUCUUCGGCACCUUUCUCGUCACUCGAGCUUUCGUCCCACUUCUCCUCAACCACAACCACCCAUCGCCCCUCAAAACCUGCGUGACCAUCUCCUCAGCCUGGGCCCACACCAAAUACGCCGGAAACUUCGGAUACCAAACGACAAAGUUCGCCCAAUUACGCUUCACGGAGUUUUUGAGCGUGCAGUUUCCACCACCGACUCCCUCCAAGACCCCUGGUGGGAGCGAUGAUGGCUUGCUGUGCUACUCACUACAUCCUGGCGGUGUCUCGACGGAGCUCUCUAUGAAGCUUUCGCCUAGGAUGCACUGGUUUCUAAACGAUACUCCAGAGCUGAGUGGUGAUACCAUCGUUUGGCUGACAUCGCAGAGGAGAGAGUGGCUCCGCGAUCGAUACAUUAGCUCGCAGUGGGAUAUGGAAGAGUUCAGCAACAUGAAGGAUGAGAUUGUUCGGAAUGAUCUACUGAAGGUGAGGAUGAGUGUUGGGGGCUUGGAAGGGGAGAGUCAAAAUAAUUCAUACAGGGGUAUCGGCAUAGGGCUGUGA